AUGGCAUCACAAACGUCAACGAAACUUAUCUCAUGUCAUAAGAAGCCAGGAACGACGCCAGCGUCACCCAUGCCUGUAAACCACCCACGCAAGCAGCAACACCACCAGGACGACGUCCGCUUCGAUCUCGCCGCCAUGUCUUUAUCCAUGUCGCGGAGCUCCCACGUCCAAGCGGAUUCAUCCAGCCAAUUUCCAACCCGCACCUCGUCAUGUUCCGACUCCUACACCGAGUCGACGUCAUGCUCCGCCAGCCUCUCCGGCCUACCUACACCCGCGACAUUGGAGCCAUCGCAAACAUCACCACCAAAGUCAAACUUGGAAUCCGAGGUAUCAUCAUCACCAUCAUCAUCCUCGAAGCCAGCUUCCCAGGAAGCGCAAACAAAUCAAGGUCCGCCCUGCAACAACUGUCAUCAACCCUCGACGCUCUGUACCGUGGGUCCACUGAAUCCAAAGGGGAACGCAGGGCGGAAAUACUUUGCUUGUAAGCGGUGUCCGUAUGGGUUGGCGUGGGUUGGGUGGGCUGGUGGUGAAUCCUUCGAUGUGGUUGCGAUCGCUGCGAAGGAUGAGGGUGUUAAUCCCCGUAAGGGUGAUCGUGGUGAUGGUGUUGGUUCUGUUCCCAGCAAUGCUGGCGUUGCCCGCGGUGGUAGUCAUGCUGAUGGGAUGCAUGGCACUGGCAGCAAAGAACCGAAAGCAAGUGGAGAAGGUUCACCCGUUACCACCCUUGAAAGAGGGAAGAAAUGGGGGAUCUCAAGUCCUCCUGGGAGUCUCAGUGAGGAAGAAGCCGAUGACAGGCCCAGGUGCUGCUGUGGUGAAGCCAUGAAGCUGGAUUACGUCGACGAGCGAGAAGCGGAUGGGAGCAUCGGUCAGGAUAUUGUGGUGACAGCGGUGCAUAUGCCCGUUUGA